UUGAAUAUUGCAAAAACAAAAUCACAGCAUCUCUUAUAUAAAUUUCGUUUCUUCUUUUUUAUUUUUCUUCAGAAAUUGGAACAAGAAAAACAUGUUUUGCGUCAAAAGCUCGCCAUUGCCGAAGAGGAGAGCGACCAGCGCGUUCUCGAGCUGCAAUCUGAUCUUAACGAACUCAGAGAUAAAUUACAGGCACAGGAGAAUGCAAUACGGCAGGCGGAAAAGGAGAAGACUAUACUAAUCGAUGAGCUGACACAUCAGAACACGCGCCUCACUGAGCAAAUACAGGAAGCGCACGCCACCGAACUGAAAUUAAUGUCGCAGAUACAGGAACUUAAGGAUCAGUACAAUUACAGGAACACCAGCUUGCAGGAGCACGUGCACAGUCUGGAAUCCAUAAAAACCGAGUUGAACCUCACUACAGAAAAACGCCAUGAUCUUGAGAAACGUUUGCAGCACGCACAGGAUGAAAAGGAGUCGCUUACGUCCGCAUUAGAAGAGGCUUCUGACAGAAUACACAUGCUUGAGAGACAUGCACGAGAGCAGGAAACAAAACUGGAGACAACACUGCAAGCACUUGAGAGAUCUCAGCGUGAAAAUAAUGUGCUCAGCGAGCGUUUGGGAGCGGAUGCCAAUUCCAGUGCACAUGGCAAGAAAUCGUUGCAAUUCGAAAUGGAAUGCGAUGAAGAUGACUCCAGUUUCUCAGAUGGCAAGCCGAGUCAAAUUUGCAUUGAAGCGCGCUCUGUCUACAUACAGCUGAAGUCACUUGUGGACUCGUUGAAAAUUGGCCAUGAUGACGACUCAGGCUUAAAUUCGGACAUAUCGUUAGACUUGGAAUCCAUGGACAAUACGAUUUCAUCUUCAAGCCGCACCGAAGGUGGCAGUCACACGGAGGCUAUUGAAUUUCGUCCCGGCAUGCUAUCAGCCAUGUCCGAUGAGCUAACACGCUUGCUGCUCAAUUUGGAUGCCGGCAACUUCAGAAAGAUGCUCGAUCAGACGCGCAAUCUCGUGCUGGAGCAGGAGGACGAAAUCAAACGCAGUCAUCACUUAAUUCAGGAGCUGGAAUCGAAACUCACCGUCACCGAUGUGGAGCUGCAGAACGUGAAGGAGGAGCGCGAUCAAGCACGUGGUGAUCUUAUUGACAAUAGCGAUCGCGAUGAAAUGCUCGCUAAAGCACAAAACGAGCGCGAUGCAGCGAAUGAGCGACGCACAAAAGCCGAAAUCGAUUUGGCUAAGACGCGCGUAGACUUAAUGCAGGCCAACAGCCAAUUGCUUGAGUCCAUACAGCAGAAGGUUGAGUUGUCACAACAGCUGGAACAGUGGCAGAUGGAUAUGCAAGAGUUACUGCAGGAGCAAAUGCGUUCGAAGCUAAUCAACAACCGCAAGGUGGCACCUGCCGCUGCCAGUACAAAUACAAGCGCCGCGUCCGCGCUGGCAAAACGUGUGUCCAGCUACAAAUUCUGGAGCUUAUUUCAACGGUAAACUGAGCACACUAUGGAAACUCUACGCUACUAUAAUUAUACUAAUGUAAAAGUCUUAUUUUUAUGAAUAUAAUUUUUUAUGAUUACUUUUUAAUAUUUAUACAAUAUACAAGUUUAUUACAUAGCAAAAUAUAGACACAAACAUAUUUACAAUAUAUGUAUGUAUGUUGUAACAUGAAAAUAAUAUUGAUUGCAUUUU